GGCCUGGGCCGUUUUGUCACUUCCUUGAAUUUUCCCUCUCAAUCAUGGGCUAGUUUUGGCCCGAUUAGUUUACGGUUACCCUGGGCCAUUAGGAGCCCAAAAUUUAAGUUACUUCUGUCCGCUGUCAGAAUCAUGAUUUUCAAAUAGAACAUGGGCUCAACUUUAGCCCAUUAGCCCCAGAUUUUGGUGCCCAAGGGAAAAAUAAUCAAAUCAGUUCCUUGAAGUGUUUCCCGGGGAAAACCAAUACAGUACUGCACACGAUUGAAACUCCGGCGAUGUCGGUGGCCGAUUCGUGUUGUUUUCGGGCGAAUUUUCACUACAAAGUCAAAACCCACUUCCAUUUACUUAAAAGCAAGAGCCCUUUACGGCGUCAAAACAUUUUAUUUCAGAAAUGCAUCUUAGCCUGGGAAGAGAAACGUCGUAUCUCACUUCUAGCAACGCGUGCGAGGAAAAGGGAACAAGAAUGCAAGUUAAAUCUCAAGUAUGAAAAGCAGAAAGAGUGGAUUCACUUCGUAGGUGUUGGAGGUAGUGGGUUGUCGGCUCUGGCUUUGCUCGCUGUCAAACACGGUUUUGAGGUUAGUGGGUCAGAUAUAACAUGGACCAGCUUCAUGGAUGGCCUGCAACAAGCUGGAGUACGCUUGCAUGUUGGUCAUUCGGUCUCAAAUAUUCAAAGCAAAAAUGGUUCAAGAUUCCCCAAUGCGGUUGUUGUUUCUAGUGCCAUCCCACAAGAUAAUGUAGAAAUCUUACAUGCCAAGUCCAUUGGAGUACCUGUUUACAAACGAGAUUAUUGGUUGGCGAAGCUCACUGAGCAUCACAAAUUAAUCGCAGUCAGUGGAAGCCAUGGGAAGAGCACAACAGCUGGUUUACUAGCUUAUGUUUUGAAGUCUAUGGGAGAUGAUCUCACAGCUGUAGUUGGAGCACAUGUGCCACAGUUUCCUGGAGGAAAUAUAAUAUGGGGUGAUGGUCAGCAUUUUGUGCUUGAGGCUGAUGAAUAUGAUGGCUGCUUCUUGGGGUUAGCACCUUACAUAGCUGUCAUAACAAAUGUGGAGUGGGAGCAUGUGGAUAUCUUUCAAGAUGAGGAAGCCGUUAAAACUCUUUACAGGAGGUUCCUUAAAAAAAUUAGAAUGGGUGGACAUCUCGUUAUAUGUGGGGAUAGUUUAGGAGCAUAUUCCUUGCUAGAUUACACAAGAGAAGGAACUAAACCUGAGCAUUCGAUUGGUAUGAUGUCAAUUCCAAGUUCAGAUAUAGAUGGUUACAAUGUAACAACCUACGGAAUUUCAAGUACUAAUGAAUGGCAUGCUUCAUCAAUUUGUCCCAACUCACAGGGUGGCAGUGAUUAUGUACUUUGCCAUAGAGAACAGCCAUUAGCAGAGAUUAGUCUACAAAUUCCAGGAGUUCAUAAUGUCCUCAAUUCAGUAGCAGUAAUUGCCACGGUGAUGGCACUCUUACAGGACCAAAGACAAACACGUGAACUAAUCAACUCUUUGAAGUUACAUUUGCCCAAUUUCAUAGGCCUUUCUAGACGAUUUGAGUUGAUCGGAGAAAUACAUGGAUGCCAUAUAUAUGAUGAUUAUGCCCACCAUCCAACAGAAGUUUACAUGGUUCUUCAAGCAGCACGUCAGAGAUUCCCAUGCAAGAGACUGCUGGUGGUAUUCCAGCCUCAUACUUACAGGCAUUCACUUGUGCAAUAUGUGUUUGUGAAUUUACUAAUUUUUAUACAUCAUGCCAGACUGACUUUUGGUGACUUUUGCAGUCGUCUAGCAGUGUUUAAGGAUGAUUUUGCUGUUGCAUUAAGUUAUGCAGAUUACAUUGUGGUAACAGCGGUUUAUUCUGUCAGAGAAUCAGGUGCUUGGAAUGUUUCUGGAAAGGAUUUAGCUGCUUCCAUCAUUGGCCCCCCAACUGAAUACAUCCCAGCUCUGGAGGAUGUGGUUGAUAAACUAGCACUUGAGAUAUCCAAGGAUCCUCUGCGUGAAAUUGUCAUUUUAACCCUUGGAGCAGGUGAUGUCAACGCAGUGGGCCCUAAAUUACUGCAUGAAUUGCAAGAGAGAUUAUGCAAAGCAAAAUCUAAGCACUAGCAGCCAUCCUUUGAUGGCAUCAUUUGAUUCUUGAGAUCUGGAUGGAAAGCACAGUUACCACACUGACAGAUUUAACUGCAUAAUGUAAAAUCUGGAGGAUUGCUGGAUUUGCUAGUAAGGAAUAAGUCAGUGACGAAGUCACUGCCUAUUGCAUAUUAUAUCUGAUGCUCUUGAUGAUGAUAGGUAAAAAGUUUUGUUGUAAAGUUCUCUAGUAGCCCAAAUCCAAAAGAAAAAAAAAACCGAUUCCGCUUCUUAGGGUGAAGCUUUGGAGACCAUGAAAAUGUCAUGAGGCAGGCAAAAGCUCCAAUGUUGUAACUGCUUAUCGUGCAACACACUUUAAAAAGUCUGCAAUACCAGAAGUUUAGAGAAGAUAUGAGUUUUGAGGGCAAA